AUUCCAUGAAAAUAACCAUGAUGAAUACCAAUGAAAGUGAGCGUAUGUCUUUGCUCUUGUCCACAUAUCUGGAGAGAACGUUAACUGGUACGGAGCAGAUAGUUAAGAACAGGCAAAGGGCAGUCGUCUUAAAUGAACGCUUGGCAUCUUCUUAUACCACGGAUGUCAUUCAAACUGGAAGUAACUCAGAAGGAUGCUUACAAAAAGGUUCUGAUGUGGACACCAUGUUGGUACUCAAGUGCGCAGCAGUAUUGUACCCUGAUCAGCGUAUUCCUCAACAUUUGAUACACAAAACCAUUAUGAACAUUCGAAAAGCAGACUGUCGUCCUGGGUAUGUCCAGUUAGAGAUACGUCAACUAAAAUUCCCGCUUCAACCUUUCCUUGAUAAUUCACUAGUUAGAAUUGGAAAUACAUCAUUAAUUUCCAGUGAUAUCUUCAGAGAGGAAUGGGUCUCACGCACAUCUAUACACACAGGCGAGCAAUUUGAAUCCAGUGGACCAAGCAGUUCUUAUAAAGGGUGUAGUGGAAUCGGUGAUAGUGACAUAGUUUAUUGCUUUCCGUGUAACAGUUGGCCAAGGGAGGCUAGCGAAUGGAUCACACGUACACGUCUGUAUGGAUGGCCACAACAAACCUUGAUAGACAAGAUUGUGAACAGUGGAUGUCAUCUUGUCCCAGUUGGAGAUAAAUGUUCCACAGAUACAUUUGUACAGUGGAGAAUCUCAUUGGCAGUAGCAGAAAGAUCUUUAAUUCACUCAUUUAGUCACAUCCAGCUCAAAGUGUACACACUGCUGAAAUAUUUCUUAAAACAAAUAAAGGAGACAUUAAAAGAAACCAUUGGAGAUGACGAUAUAUUGUGCUCCUACUUCCUAAAAACAAUCCUGUUUCAUGCAAUAGAGAAUUCCAGCCAAAUGUUCUGGCAAGACAAGAACCUUUUUUAUUGUUUUUGGUUUUGCUUCAAUAUUCUGCUUGAGUGGGUCAGGGCAGGGUUCUCUCCCAAUUACUUCUUCCCAGCCAACAACAUGUUUAAGAGGAAAAUACAUGGACAGCAUCAACAAAUACUGCUGGACAUUUUAUAUAACUACUCUCAGAUGAAAUGGAUGUGCCUUUCAGUAGGCAACUUCUAUACAAAAUCAAUUUGGGAGGGGCUAUGUGACACAUCCAUGCAAGCUCAUCUUGUAAUCCCAAAGACUGCAGAAGAGAAUAUUAUGGACCAGGACAGGGAAAUAUUCUCUAUUUUAUCAAUGAGAUAUCGUCCCAGACAUGAGAAAACCAGCAAUGCAUUUUACUUAUUAUCUUCAUCAAAGUCAGAAUUUGAGGACGUUUACACAUACCACUCUGCCAUGAGCAGCCUCAGAUGUCUUUCAUCAGAACUGAUCUCUAAAGGACUGUGUAAAAAUAGCGCUGCACCGGGCAACAAAACUACAUACCGGAGACUGAGAAAAUGUAAGUACUGGAUGAUCCCUGGUGCUUUAAUGGGCACAGACGUGUUGCAUUUGGCAACAUUUCAUUUUCUGACUGGAAAUUUUACUAAAUGCCUUUUAAUGAGUAGACGGAUAAUGAAACUAGCAACAUUCUUCAGAGAAGACGUAAAACAGGAUCAAGAUUUUUGGACAUUGCAUUGGCAACCUCAUGGCUGUACAUUUGAGAGGCUCCAGAAAAUAUACACAAAUUUCAUCACAUUUCGUCCGGAAGACAUGUAUCUUCCUCAUCUCUGUCUAGAGCUGCCGAACGAAGUCCCACCCAUACACAUCCCACCUCUACCAUAUGUCCUGUUUCUGAACUUCUUGUGUUGCCAUGAGCUUGGAGACACAAAAGGACGCAAUGAAGCGUUGCAUCACCUGAUACAGAUACAGUUACACGAUGAACAAGGAGGACACAAGUACUGGAUCGUUCACACCCUACUGGGGAUUUGUUAUCAAACACUUGGGGACUAUCAAAAGGCAAUCUGGUCUUACUGGAAGUCAUCACAAUCACGGGCUCCAUUUGAUGGUUUUAAUCCUGCCAAGUACAGGAUAGCCAUAGUGUAUCUCUGCAUGUAUGUCUCACAGAGGUCUGACAGAGGAUAGAUGAUGUGCAUAAAAAUGUAUAUGCAUUGUAUGUUUCACAGUCUGACAAGGGAUAGCUGUGGUGUGUCAUGUCUCACAGGCCUCAGACAGGGUCAACUGUGAUUAUAUAUGCAUGUAUAUCUCACAGAGGUCUGACAGACUAUAGUUUUGUUUUAUCUAAGUAUGCAUUUUUUCAUAGAUGUCUAACAAAAGACAGCCGUGGUGAAUAUAGUGUUUGUAUUCCUUAGAAGGCAGCUACUGUAUAGCAUAUCAAUGUAUGCAUUGGUAGUAUUGCUAAGAAAAGUGUUUAGUAAUGUCUCUGUCCCUUCUCUAGUGAGACAUGCUACAUUCCAUGAAUUACUUGCUAGAGACAUGAAUCCCUCAUGCAAGAGAGUCACGUGUUCGAUUCCUAUUGGACCCCUUGACUUAGACUGACCUUUUUAUAUUGUACAGCUGCAAUGAGACAAACAGACGUUAAGCUAAAUUUGAUUGCGCUAUCAACUAAUCUUUGGAUGACAUCGCUUCUGCUCAACGUCAACCAUCAGAUUGACUGUCACUAACAGUGACAAACCGUACUCUCUAGUGAAAAUUGACAAACGUGUUUUCAAACCAAUAGGAAUUAUCUCUCUGGAAUUGAUCACAAUGUAUUUUACUUUAUUUAACACAAGAGUACUGCUUGAUACAUUUCCCUUGAAUUACUGUUUGGAUCUUGAAUUAACUCCCUUCAGCACUCAAUUGUUGUGUUGUAUACAGGGGCUAACUUCCCUUACUCUUACCCUUAGGAGUUCUCUCCCUUUAAUCACUAAAAUGUUGUGUAAUACCUGAAUUAGGAAUGUAACACACUUCUUUAUUUAAUCUGCCUAAAACGUGAUUGGCCAUGAAAUAAAAUGAAAUGAUGGCGGUU